AUUAGAAAGGGCCCUCCCUCCUCAAAUUUCUUACUGUACAAAAAACUUUUAGAUUACACCCACUUCUGAUGUGGAGGUGAUAACGUACUCAAAAUGAUUUCAUUCUCAGUUUUAAUAAUUUUGGUGUUUUGCAGUAGCUUGCAAUUUGUUUAUGGAGAAAAUGCUACCAUCACUGAUAAAGUAACUUUUGAAGUUACAAUUGAUGGAGAUCCAGCUGGUACAAUUGUAAUGGGCUUGUUUGGGAAAAUUGUGCCCAAAACUGUAGAUAACUUUAAAGCUUUUGCUGGAAAAGGUGUCAAGGGAUAUAAGUAUGAGGGAUCCAAGUUUCACAGAGUUAUCAAAAACUUCAUGAUACAAGGAGGAGAUGUGAUUAAUGGAGAUGGUACGGGAUCAAUCUGUAUUUAUGAUGAGCUUGAUGGGAAGUAUUUCCCUGAUGAGAACUUUGAGCUGAAACACAACUAUCCAGGAAUUCUUAGUAUGGCUAAUGCAGGUAAAGACACAAAUGGAUGUCAGUUCUUUAUCACCACUGUGAACACUCCAUGGCUAGAUGGUUACCACGUAGUCUUUGGGAAGGUUCUGGAAGGAAUGAAUGUCAUCCAGAAGAUAGAAAACUUGAAAACCAACAACGAAGAUCAGCCUCUUCAUGAUGUGGUAAUAAGCCAAUCAAAAGUUGAAGAACAUGUGUCUGUGUAAUAUUUAGCUUUUACAUCAUAUGUCCAGUGGCUGCAUUGAUAGUGAAAAUUAAAUUUUGUAUUUUUUUAAAUAUACAUUAUUAUAAGAAUUGCAUUUAAUGUUAUUAAUAGUUUGGAACUCUUAAUGACUCGUAUUUGCAGCUUUUACCGUGAAAUUGAAAAUUGUUUUAUUGAAUAUAAUACACUAUUUUUUCAUCUGAAUAAAUGUGAUUAUGUAUAUAUUUA